CGUCCUCCCAUCGCAUCAUAGGCCAAUCCGAUCGACAAUGCUGGCUCGCGGCACGACUCGCCCGCUGAGAGGCCUCACAUCGACUCGAAAAUGCAUCAAUGCCUGUCGGACCUACGCAUCUUCGACCUCCGAACACGAGUCAGCGCCCCAGCCGUCUGCGGAACAGUCUGCUGCGAAGUCCAGACCCAUCAAACAAGAGCUGUUCGGCCCCAGCUGGAGAACGAAACAACCGCGGAAGCAGAAGCAGCCCUAUAAUAAACCCGACGAAGAAGGCGAUGCAGAAAAAGGCAGGGUCAUCUUCUCAGGCAUACAACCAACCGGAAUACCCCACCUGGGAAACUACCUAGGCGCAUUGCGAGAAUGGGUCAGAAUACAAAACACAGCAUCGGAGCAGGAUAAAUUGCUAUUUUCUGUGGUAGAUAUGCAUGCAAUUACGGUCAAACAAGAUUCUGCCGACCUUCGUAGAUACAGACGUGAAAUGAUGGCCAGCCUGUUGGCGGUUGGUUUAGAUCCGCUCAAGAGCUUAGUGUUUACGCAAGGCAAGGUGCACCAGCAUGCCGAAUUGAUGUGGAUACUGAGCUGUACGGCGUCAAUGGGGUACCUGUCAAGGAUGACGCAAUGGAAGAGUAAAAUGGGCCUCGGAACCGACGCUUCUCCAUUCGAGUCCACAGCCGACCCCAAAUCUCGCGAGGCACUCAAACUCGGCCUCUUCUCUUACCCGGUCCUCCAAGCCGCCGAUAUUCUCCUCUACGGCACCACACAUGUGCCGGUUGGGGAAGACCAGGCGCAACACCUGGAAUUCACGCGCCAGCUUGCGCUCGGCUUCAAUGCGGCGUACGGAAGGACGAUACUCACUCCGCCGGAGACUAUUCUCGCUCCAGCAAAGCGGGUGAUGAGUCUCACAGACCCGACGAAGAAGAUGUCCAAGUCGGACGAGAACCCCAAUUCAAGGAUCUUGAUCACAGAUUCCAAGAGUGAUAUUGAGAUGAAGAUCAUGAAGAAAGCACUCACCGAUUCAAUUGAGGGCGUGACUUAUGAUCGCCAGGCCCGUCCUGGAGUGUCGAACCUCAUUGAUAUCAUGUAUUAUAUGGAUGAGAGCGUCGCAGCGUCCCCGGAGGAGCUGGCCAAAGACAUGGCCAACGUAUCGAUGCGCGCACUGAAAGAGAAGGUCGCCGAAACUGUCAAUCGCACUCUAGAACCCAUACGGACUCGCUACAAUCUUAUAAUGAAAGACGAGCAGAGGCGUCCGUUCCUGCAGGAUCACAACGAAGUAGCUGCCAGCGCGGCUAAGAGCAUCGCCAAAAAACGAUUGCGAAAUAUCAACAGUGUCAUUGGCAUGGGGACUCUGCAAAGCGAACCAAACCGAAAGGUUAAACCCAAGGGCGGAUAUAUCACGAUGAAGAAACUUACCCUAGAGCCGUCCGGCGUGUAAAUAUAUAUGUACAAUUAGAAAACAAUCUCACAAUUCGAGGAUCCGACACGAACUUACAAGACGUUCUCCUCCAAC